AUGGCAGAAUCUCGCCGGGCGCCGUCGCGCCUCGGCUCAUCAGCUCUCCUACCAACUGGUCAUGAUGCUGACACGACCGCUGUGCGUCCUCGAAACCGCCGCCUUAUCAGCACGGACGACAACGGGGACGGCAUUUUGUCGACUGCCAAGAGCUCCUCGUCGCUCUUCUCGUCCUUCAACACCCUGUCGAGUCGCAACCCAAGCCCGCUGCCCUUCAGCCGCUCUGGCAUCAGCAGUGAUCAUCGGUCUACCAGCAACCCGCCAGACAAUAGAGGACUCAAGGCCCGCAACCAUAACGCCCUUGGCUUGUUAGAAAGCUCCCUGACGCAGAGCUGGACGUCGCUCCAGGGCUUCGCCUCUUCACUGAUCACAGGCGAAACUGGGCCCCCUCAGUCCAAUGGCAGACAGGGAUCGAAUCAAAAGGGACAUGCUGGCAGAAGUAGGCAACUAUCCAACACUUGGGGACCACAGCCUCUGUCGGAUGCGCGGCCAAGUGCUCAGGACAUCGCCGCCGGAUCACUGGCGCAAAGACAGGCAGCACUGAAGGCUGUGAGAACAGCCGCGAUACUGGAAAGCCAUGAAGGAGUGAACGGCGGCUUGGAUGUCGCUGGGAAGUACAAGAGGAGGACUUCGGACGAAUUUGGGGCAGAGACGCACCAAGAGGAACCGCCGAUGGACCAGCUGGUGUAUAUUCACCAUGUGCAGCCAAGCGACACAUAUGCCGGAAUUGUCCUCCGCUACCGGUGCCGUGAGGAUGCAUUGAGGAGGACGAAUGGACUGUGGUCAAGGGACGUACAGAUGCGCCGGUGGCUGGCGCUGCCAGUGGACGCUUGCGAGAUCCGGGGGAGGCCUUCCGAACCGCCAUCGCGCCUCCACCAGGGUGUAGACUUCUUGGCUCCUACCCCUGACGCGAAAAUUGGCGCCGAGGUGGUAGGCAGUAGCCAUACGCGUGGCAACAUGUCCUCAGAGGAGGCGCACCAGCAAGUUGACUUUUUCAGUCUACCGAAGACUCAAACGCCAGUCGACUUAGCCAAACCAGAAGACCCGGGCGAGCCAUUGUGGACUCACGUCCGGUGGGUUUCUCUGGAUUCCUUUCCUCAACCCGUCGAAAUCGCUAGAGUGUCCCGAAAAACCAUCGGCUACUUCCCUCCGCGGCGCAAGAAAAGCCUACACACAGCUUCCACAAUGACAACGCCGAGGCAGUCUCUCGACGCUUCAGCAGUCAUGGAGACAUACGAGGACAGCCCCGGAUGUGAUAGUACAUUGUCUUCAAGAAGGCUGAGUGCACUCAGUAACCGACCGGUCCUGCCAACAACGCCCGGCCGCUCAACGUCAACCUCAACCAGAAGCCGCGGCGGCAGCACUGGCACUGACAGUCGUCCGUCGUGGAUGCGCCGACCUGGCGGUGUCGGCUCCAUGGGCAAAAACGCACGCGCGCCAGGUCCGGAGAAGGACUACUUCAACUCCUGGGCCAAGAAGCACAUCCCUGCCAUCGCUAUUGAUGAGCAUCUUCCGUCCAUAUCCGUCAUGGGCUCCGAGACGGCACGUAUCGGAUUCGGGAAGCAGCAGGAGCAGUACGACUCUUCGGUCAUUGUCGAGAGCCCUUUUGACGAAGGCCAGGACCUGACGACAGCAUCAAAGCACGGGUCAGGACUUGACCGCGCUGCCGCACAAGUUGAGACCUGGCUUCGUGGUGCAUUUACGAGGCGUCCGAGCGCGAGUACGCCUGGCGCGGGAAGGCCACGAGGGAACCGGCAGCUUGACGAUUUGGAUCUCAUAGAGUUGGCGGAUGCUACUAGCGAGGAUGGCAGAUUACUCGGCCCAGGGGGGCUAGGCCCUAGCACAGCAGACCCAGUAGGCUCCGAAGCGGUCAGCUCAGAGGAGGCGACGAGUCUUGCGCCUGGCGCCACAGUCAGGGGGCGCGUCGCGCACGCACACAGUGGUUAG